UCUUCUUGACGUCACUGCUCAGUCUCUUCCGGGUGUUUUCCUUCAGCUGGACGGUGGACGGUGACAGCGAGCUACCUUAGCUUUUUUUUAAGUGUUAAAGCCUUAAUUUUUGCCGAAAUGAACCGAAUUUUUGGCAGGGGGACACCCAAAGCUCCGCCGCCAAACCUUACGGACUGCAUAGGAACCGUUGAUUCUCGUGCGGAAUCUACUGACAAGAAGAUUGCCAGACUAGAUGCUGAACUUGUGAAAUACAAGGACCAGAUGAAAAAGAUGAGAGAUGGGCCCUCAAAGAACAUGGUCAAGCAAAAAGCUAUGAGAGUUCUGAAGCAGAAGCGAAUGUAUGAGGGCCAGAGAGAUAACCUCAUGCAGCAGUCGUUUAACAUGGAACAAACAAACUACACACUCCAGACCCUUAAAGACACUAAAACCACCGUUGAUGCCAUGAAAAUCGGCCUCAAAGACAUGAAGAAGGCAUACAAGCAUGUGAAAAUUGAUCAGAUUGAGGAUCUUCAGGAUGAGCUCGGGGACAUGAUGGAGGAUGCCAAUGACAUCCAGGAGGCGCUGGGAAGAAGCUAUGGCACGCCUGAAAUUGAUGACGACGACUUGGAAGCAGAGCUGGAUGCUUUGGGAGACGAGCUCCUGAUGGAUGACGACAGCUCCUACCUGGACGAGGCUUCAACAGCUCCUUCCAUCCCAGAGGGCAUGCCCGGCGACAAGUCGGUCAACAGGGACGGUGUCCUGGUGGACGAGUUUGGCCUUCCUCAGAUUCCUGCUACAUAAAGGAGCAAUCAGAACACCCGUGCUAGUUUUACAUGUAUCUUCGCCUUUUUUUGUAUUUAUCUAACUGACACUCCCAGCCUUAGGGUGCAGCAUUGAAAACCAGAACAUCUUCUGUGCAACGAAUGAUGAACUACAACUUCAGGCAUCUUUAAUUAAAAGUUCACUAUUAUUAUUAUAUGAGUGAGCUUCUAUAUGUAUCUGAGGUGAUUGUUUGAAUUGGGAUUCUCUUAACUUUGUACAGUUUCUGCAGCGUUUGUCGCCAAGAACAAAAUAAAUUUUAUUUUUCAAACAAUAAA